GAGAUAUAAGAACCAAGGGGGAAUAUCCAGGAGGGAUUUACAGUCAAGAAAGCUUGGGGGUUUUUCUCAGGCUGAAUGAAGGAACUGAAGGCACUGAAGGAAAGGUUACACAGGAAAACAAAGUAUCUUGGGCAAAGGGUGGGUGGGGUAUAAAAGGGGAAAGCCUGCCUAGAUCUGGUGUGUUUGGAGAGGACAGACAAACUCUGGGCUACAGCAACCCCUCUGACUGCCUCGUUUCGACUUCUUGACCCUUUGAAGGCCUUCUUCACUUCCCCUCCCCCCUUCCCUGUAUGUAUGUAUGGAGGAAAGGUUACCAUUGCAGCAUAGGAAGAAAGGAAGGGAGAAGCACACAGUUUCCUGGUCAAAAACCCCAGAUUUAACUCUAGAGAUUUUGGAUCACUCUGGAUCCUUCCAUUUCAGUUAAGUAGGGGGUGUGAGCCCAAUUUGACUCUGCCCUUGAGAGAAAGGAAAAUUGGAAUAUGCUUUCUUCCAUGCCUUUCCAUCCCCCCCCCAAAAAAAAAGUCCAUGGGAGGGAGAGAAAAAAGUAGUCCAGAAGCACCAUUCUGAACCCUUAGGCAAGCUCUGAGACCACCCCUGAACCUCAGGAACCCUUACAUUCCCUCUACUUUAGCAGGCCAGCUUGGGGGAUAGGGUGGGUGGAAUUUGGGGUGGCUAGUAAUUGGAGCCUCGCCAAAAAGAAAGGGCUCAAGAAAACAGGCAGAAGGACUUGCCCUCCAGGACCUUCGAGAGAAAGAAGUCAAAGAAUAAAUUCUGAGGCAAAAAGCCCCUCCAGCUCCCAAUCUGUGACUUUUCUCUCCACAAAUACCCCUCCCCGAUCAAUGAAAGACCUUCUGGAGAAUGAACGUCCGCCUCACAUUUCCCGCCCUGCCCAAAGCCUCUUUUCUGCAAGACACGGGCUAGGACUCGGAGGGGCUGGCUGGCUGGCUGGGGGGUGGGGAGGGGAGGGGAUCUGUGGGCUGCAUUGUGCUUGCCCCCACUAGGAGCUGCAGCUGCAGUCUCCCUCCCUCCCUCUCUCGCACCCUCCCUCUUCUCCUUUUUCCCAAUCCCAUCUCCAUCCUCAUCCCCAUCGCCAACACCGCGGCGGGGGCCGGGAGGCUCCGUCGGGGGGCGGGGCCGGCUGCAAACCCCCUGACAUCAUCCUGUCUAUAUAGGCUGCAGCUGGGGCGGUGAGAGACAGGCUUUGUGGAGCGGUGGGAGCGGGAGCACGUUACAGGGAACAAAGGAGCGGGCUGAGCUGGUGGGGCAAGGCAAAGCAAGGCAAGGCAGGCAGACAGGCGGGAGGAGGGGACAAGGAGACAGGAGCAAGGCGGCAGCCAGGGGCCACUGGAAGAGUUCGAGCCAGCCCUCCCAUUGCUACCCCGGCGGCUCGUCUCGCCAGCGCCCAGGUCUCCCACCCCAGUCUCUCGUUUGCUCUCCCUAGUUCUCCACAGCCCACAGCAUCGUCCUCCGACCCAGAGCCAGCAUGACUGCCAACGGCACGUCGGAGUCCGUGCAGAUCCAGUUUGGGCUGAUCAACUGCGGCAACAAGUACCUGACGGCGGAGGCCUUCGGGUUCAAGGUGAACGCUUCGGCCACCAGCCUGAAGAAGAAGCAGAUCUGGACGCUGGAGCAGCCGGCCGACGAGGCGAGUGGCGGGGGCCAUGCCGUGUGCCUCAAAAGCCACCUGGGCCGCUACCUGGCGGCCGACAAGGAUGGCAACGUGAGCUGCGACAGCGAGACCCCCGGCGCCGACUGCCGCUUCUUGAUCGUGGCCCACGACGACGGCCGCUGGUCGCUGCAGUCCGAGCCUCACCGGCGCUACUUCGGGGGCACUGAGGACCGGCUGUCGUGCUUCGCGCAGACCAUCUCGCCCGCGGAGAAGUGGAGCGUCCACAUUGCCAUGCACCCACAGGUGAACAUCUACAGCUUGACCCGCAAGCGCUACGCGCACCUGAGCGCCCGCCAGGACGAGAUCGCUGUGGACCGCGAUGUGCCCUGGGGCGUGGACUCGCUCAUCACCCUGGUCUUCCAGGACCAGCGCUACAGUGUGCAGACCGCCGACCACCGCUUCCUGCGCAACGACGGGCGCCUGGUGGAGAGUCCUGAACCGGGCACCGGCUACACCCUGGAGUUCAGGUCUGGCAAGGUGGCCUUCCGGGACUGCGAGGGCCGCUACCUGGCGCCGUCGGGCCCCAGCGGCACUCUCAAGGCGGGCAAGAGCACCAAGGUGGGCAAGGACGAGCUCUUCGUCCUGGAACAGAGUUGUCCCCAGGUAGUGCUGCAGGCGGGCAACCAGAGGAACGUGUCCACCAGGCAGGGAAUGGACCUCUCCGCCAAUCAGGAUGAAGAGAGUGACCAAGAAACUUUCCAACUAGAGAUCAAUAGGGAUACUAAGAAGUGUGCUUUCCGGACCCAUACCGGCAAGUACUGGACCCUAACAUCCAAUGGUGGAAUACAAUCCACUGCUUCAACCAAGAAUGCCAGCUGCUACUUUGACAUAGAAUGGUGUGACAAACGCAUCACUCUCAAGGCUGCCAAUGGGAAGUAUGUCACCGCCAAGAAGAAUGGACAGCUGGCAGCCUCUGUGGAAGCGGCAGGAGAAACUGAGCAUUUCUUGAUGAAACUGAUCAACCGGCCCAUCAUCGUCUUCCGUGGAGAGCACGGCUUCAUUGGAUGCCGGAAAGUGACGGGGACCCUGGAUUCCAAUCGCUCUUCUUAUGAUGUGUUCCAACUGGAAUUUAAUGAUGGUGCCUACAAUAUCAAAGACUCUACUGGGAAGUACUGGAUGGUGGGAAAUGAGUCAUCCGUCACCAGCAGCAGCAAUACUCCCGUGGACUUCUUUUUUGAGUUCUGCGACUAUAACAAAGUAGCCAUCAAAACCAAUGGGCGGUAUCUGAAGGGUGACCACGCCGGGGUCCUGAAAGCUUCCACGGAGGCCAUCGACCCUUCCACACUCUGGGAGUACUAAAUGCACUUUAGCGUUGGGUUUUCCCACUUCCCGCCCAGCCCCCGUCCCCUUCCCAACCCAAUUCCCAGGUCCUGCCCCGGGAUAGUUUUUAUUUCUGCCCUGUUCCUUUCCUUCAUCUUGCUUCCCUCUGCCCCUGCCCCCGCCCCCACCUUUCUCUGUGGAAGGAUUUCAGGAUGGCUUGCUCUAUUCCUACCACCAUUGGUUUUUUUUUAUCUCUCUUGCCUUCUCUAUUUUCAGGGGUUUGUUUCGUGUGUUAAUGGUGUGGGGGUGUGGGAAGAAGCCUUUUUGCCUUUCAAACUGGAAAACCCAGAGAAAAUGGUGCAUCAUCUCAUACCUUUGUAGUUUGCUUGGCUUGGGGAAUUCUCCUUGCCCGCCAUCUUGGGGCAGGACGUGUCAUCAGCCCAAUCCCAUUCAAGCAAACACAAGGAAGAAUUUUAAGAAUCACCUCCCCACUUCCCCCCCUUCUGUGCCAUAGUACGGUGCUGGCACCUUCUUUCCUUUUUUUCCUUUUUAAAUUCUGACCUCUGGUGGCUUUGUGCUGCAGUUGAACCUUACUGCCUGCCUGCUUCAACUCUGGCAAAUGGUGCUAUGAGUGGGCUUUCUGGGCGAGUGGGACCAGCGUGUUUUUAACCGUGGGUUAGGAUGGAAGAAGCUCUGCAUUCUAGGACCAGUAGUGAGUGAGCUCCUGGCUGUCCCGAGGAAUCACUAGUGCAGGGCUGAUUACUAAAAUGAGAAGUCCAGAGAGAGCUCUCAAGUGACCAGGCUGUCCCGGGCUGUCCCGGACUUGGUCCGUCUGAUCGCAGGUGGUAAAGCUAGAAGUUUGCUGAUAGCCUUUUAGACCCAAGGAAGCCUCCUGUGAGACCUGGAGGAUGCACAGUGGUGUUGCCAGCAGCAUCUUUGCCCAAGAAUACCACCUUCCUUCCCCCUCAUGAGGAAAAGAUAAACCAAGUGUUCUAGGAAUGGCUUUCCUGCCAGCUUUGACCAGAUGCCUAUCUAGAGCUGGUUUCCCCAAUGGCUAAGAGAACAGCCCACAUGGAGCAUGUGUGACCUGAUUGGAUUCAGUGGGCCGUGUUGAUCAUAUCCAGAGCCCUCUCUCUCCAUGGGAAGGUGACAUCUACCUCUGUGGUGGCACUAGACUCCCCUGGGUGCCUUCCAAUUUUUCAGCCAGGUAAUCUCCCCACCCUUCCACAUCCCCCAACCAGAGAGGAGAAGAACAACGACCACCUUCUGCUUGGCUGGGCAGGGGUAGGAUACCCCAGCUUAGGGGUUGCUAAGCUUUAAAUUUGGGGCUAGAAGCCUGGCCAUAUGUUGAAAUUUCUGCUGGCUAGUACCCAAACCCUUGGAGCUGCUACAGGCGCUUUCAAGUAGUGGGCUGGAGACCCUUUGGUUGGAAAGAGCCAAGCUGACUUGUUUUUUAGUUCUCUUCUCUCAUUUUUCCAGGAAUAAUGGUUGGAUUUGCAAAAAAAAAUUAAAAAAAAGAAGGUAAAAUGUCCAUUUGUAGACCUAAAAUCUUGCUUGGCGAACUUUGCACAGUGGUGGUGGUUCGGUCUUUUGUUUAAGUGUUGGGCUUUUUUUUUUCUCCUUCCCUUUUAUAUAAUAUACUGGAAACCUCUAGCCUAACUGCACAUAUUUUUUUAACCGCUACAUGCCCGUUUCCCAAUUGCAGCUACUCCACUGCCCUGUGGCCGGAAUGCUCUUUGGGUUUCGCUCAACCAUUUUUUUCCCCAGCCCCCCCUUCUCCCCUGCCCCAGGGGCUCUCCCUUCUGCAACGAUGGCAUGAAAAUAUCAUAUGUUACUGGACGCAGAGAAAUGACCAAAACAGUAUUUUUUUUAUAUCUAUUUAUAUUUGCUCUCCGUGGCACUCUCAGAUGUUGUCUGUAAUUGGUCUGCAUUAGAAUAUUACAAUGUGAAGGUCUCUAAGAGGUGAUGCUGAACCUUCAGGGUCCAUGCGGGCGCUGAGGAGGGGCUCUUCCUUUAUCUUUCUGGGGUGCCCCUCAAAGCGUUGCUUCUCCUUCGGCCAAUUCCUGCCUGCUUGCUCGCUCUCUGUGCCUCCCUCCCCUCUUGGCUGCCUCCCUCCAUCAGCUAGAGUUGGAAUGUGAACCCCCUAUAUUCCCUUUCUAAGCUAAAAGUACUUGUAACACCCAUCCUGCUUCCCACGGGGAGUGGGGUGACUUCUUUCUUUGGAUUUCCCUCUUUCUGGUGGGCUUGUCUGGCUCCAGCAGGGACCCCCUCACCCCCACCCACCUCCACCUGCUUCAUCUUCAAACCUUGCCCAGCUCUCCAGAAUGGGGAAUUGCUUCCAUGGCCCUUUCUGCUCCAGGGUCAGGAAGGACUGUGACCUGGGAUUGGGAGGAAGGCAAGAGCUCCUCUCCCCUUAGAAGCCUUAUACCCUUGUUGCUAUUAUGGAGGCUGCCUCCUCCCCUCCGUGUCGGUGCUAAAUGUCUGUAACUGGAAUCUGAAAUUCUUGUAGAGGCGACUGAAUAGAACCAGCUCUUCCUGGUUCUUCCUUCACCCUUGUAUGUUGUCAGCCCUUGGGUUUCCAGGGGCUUCGAGAGAGACAGAACUCGUAGGAGACUGAAGCCAUGUCUGAAAGAGAGAACUUAGGCGACCCGAGUGCUUUCUGGACUUCCCUCGCCUUCAGCUUUGUGUACCCCACCCCACCCCUGCUCCCACCAUUCCCAAAUAGCCAUCUGGCCCCUGGUUGCCUCCUUGCUGGCUUCUCCCUGGGAAAGUAGGUUGAGAAUCCUUUUUUUUCCCCCUCCUAUCUCUUGUAUCAGGUGUCGUGGCUCCCAAAGCAUCCCAUUCGGGUGUUUGAAUUUUCAGUUUUUACAUUUUUUUUUCUAAGUGCCAUUUGUAUAACUUAAAUCACAAAUAGCUUCAACUGGAAAAUAAAAAGUUAAAAAACCACCAACAACAAA